UAGCCGUAAUAUCUAUUCAGAAAACACUAUUUUGGAGCCUGAAAGUGGAAAGACUCGAUAUUAAACAGAUAAAACUACAUAUUUUUAACCUUAACGACAAUUAUAACACACUGAAAACCUCCUGUAACAGCUACAGUGCUUGUAAAUGUACUUUUUUAUUACCAAACCUUCCUCAUAACGUCAGCAUGUCGGUGCUGAAGUUGCGGGGUCGAUUAUUAAUGCCUUCAGGUCCAGACAGGUGAAUCCAUCGACGGUGAACAUUCUUGACUCGAUUACACCGCACUCACGGCACAAGUUUGUUUUAAAAUGGCGGCGGAAGCUUCGAGACAGCUGCGUUGAGGAGACAGGGAAGUGAUGGUGGUACAACAGUAGUCACAGCAUCAUCAUGGACCGCCCCGGCCGGCGGCUACCUGCCACCCACCUGUAGCAUCAUUCGGCAGCAUGGCGAACACGACCGUCGGGACCCGGGACCGGAGGGGCAGCCACUGUGGUGUCUCUGGUGGAGUCAUGGUGGAGAACGGUUGUGUGGUGACAGACGCCUCUGACCUCCACGAUCACACAAACCACCAUGAACCCAACAUGACCCUGCACAGCGAGCCCAUCCUGCCCGCUUACAAGCCAUCCUGCUCCUCUACUCCCAUCUACUACAGCAGCCCGCAGAAGAGCUACUCGGACCUGAACCACGACAGCCACAGCUUGUCCUCUCAGGACUCCGGUAUCCCAACUCUGGAGAUCAACCCUCCGGAGCCCAUCCUCCACAGCCACCAUCGCCCAGGCGACGCAGGCCUCAUCCUGGACUCCCCUGCCACUUUACCUUUGGACGACGAUCCCUCUGACAGCAACGCCAUCCGCAAAUCCUCCACCUUCCCCCGGAGCGGGUAUGACUCCAUCCGCCUCUUCAGCCCUGCCCUCAGAUUGUCCGCCACCACAGGGAUGUGCGUCGGGGGCGGAGCCUUGAACCGCAGCGACGACAUCUCUGUGUGCAGCGUGUCCAGCAUGAGCACCGAGCUGUCGGUGUCCAACGAAGACAUCUUGGACUUCACAGUCACCUCCGACUCCAGCGCCAUCGUCACCUUGGAGACGGACGACAGUGGCGCCGCUCACUUCUCUGACGUGACGCUGUCAUCUUCACCGGGGAACCUCAGAGACUUAUGGAGCCCUGCGAGACCUUAUCUGGGGUCAGGGGUCAUGCAACAGGAAGAGGAUGGCAGGCAAAAGAAAAUGGGACCUCUAGCAAGCUUAUUCAACAAGAGCCUGUUUGCCAGGAGGGUAAAGGACAGUCGGCCAGCGGAGCAGAGGGAUCCAGGGUGGAAGCUGUUUGGGAAAGUCCCACCACGGGAAGGCCCAACGAAGGACCCUAAGAGAAUACAAAAGGAAUAUGAAACAAAGAGUGGCAGAGCUGGACCUGGCAACCCGACGUCACCCAGGCAGAGUGUGAGGAAAAACCUGGACUUUGAGCCCCUCUCCACCACCGCACUUAUACUGGAGGACAGACCUGCUAAUCUGCCUGCCAAGCCAGCCGAGGAGGCCCAGAAACACAGACAGCAGUAUGAAGAGAUGGUGGCCCAGGCCAAGAAGAGAGAGUUGAAGGAGGCUCAGAAGAGAAGGAAGCAGCUGGAGGAUCGGUGUAAGCUCGAGGAGAGCAUCGGCACAGCCGCCCAGACCUGGAACCAGGAGAUCCUGCCUAACUGGAGUACAAUGUGCACAUCUCGACGAGUGCGAGACCUCUGGUGGCAGGGCAUCCCCCCCAGCGUCAGAGGCAAAGUGUGGAGCCUGGCUGUCGGCAACGAUCUCAACAUCACACACGAGCUGUAUAACAUUUGUCUGUCCCGGGCAAAAGAGAAGUGGAGGACCACGGCAGCACCUGCCCCAGAGCCAGAAACUGAAGAUGCUGGCUCGUCAGAUCGGGAGUCGAGUCUGGAGCUCAUCAAGCUGGACAUCUCGAGAACGUUCCCCCAUCUGUGUAUCUUCCAGCAGGGCGGGCCAUAUCAUGACGUGCUGCACAGCAUUCUGGGAGCAUACACUUGUUACCGGCCAGACGUUGGCUACGUGCAGGGAAUGUCGUUCAUCGCAGCAGUGCUCAUCCUGAACCUGGACACAGCCGAUGCCUUUAUAGCUUUUGCCAACCUGCUCAACAAGCCCUGUCAGAUGGCCUUCUUCAGAGUCGACCACAGCCUUAUGUUGACCUACUUUUCUGCAUUUGAAGUCUUCUUUGAAGAGAAUCUACCAAAGCUUUUUGCACAUUUCAAGAAGAACAACUUGACCCCUGAUAUUUAUUUAAUCGACUGGAUCUUCACUCUGUACAGUAAGUCGUUGCCGUUGGACCUGGCGUGUCGGGUGUGGGACGUGUUCUGCAGAGAUGGCGAGGAGUUCCUGUUCCGCACGGCGCUGGGCCUUCUGCGUCUCUACCAGGACGUCCUGACGUGCAUGGACUUCAUCCACAUGGCUCAGUUCCUCACCCGUCUGCCCGACCUCAUCCCCGGCGAGCAGCUCUUCCAGCAAAUCUCUGCCGUUCACAUGACCAGCCGCAACAGGAAGUGGGCGCAGGUCCUGCAGGCGUUACAGAAAGAUCCGGAGCGGGGCAGCCCAGUGUUGAAGCGCUGAGCUGAGAUCGGAGGGUCACACACUAAGACUCAACCAGAAAGAACUGGACUCAACGGGACAUAUUUGGUUGGAGUCGCCGUGAUUAAACCUCUUCUCCGGAGCUCUGCUCUAACAGGAACCAGGACCCUGCAGGGGGGAGGAGGAGGAGGUGGGGGAGGGGAUCUCUCAGUGAUGAGGGAGGGGUGUGAAUGAAAAAAUAAAAAAUUACGAGGCCUUAUAUAUCUCCCACCCACCUCUCUGCUCAGAGGCCUGGGAAAGCGGAAAGUGUAGCUGGCAGAGGCUGAAGAAUGUAUCACACACUCACACACACUCGUCCCACCCACCAGGUCUCCACAGACCAGAGGAAACCACAGAGAUACCAGUCACCGCUCACAUCCUCCUCCACCUCCGAGUCUCUGCUGUCUUUCAAGCUACAAUUCCACUCUUUACAUUCGGCGUAUGACACGUGACAGAAAUAACAGUCAGGGAAAGUAAGCGUCAGAUCUGUGGAAAUCUGAAAUAUGUGUCUGUGCGUCUCCAUCUCUUUGUUUCUGCACCGACUUUAUUCAUUCCUUCAUGUCACAGUUUGAUUUUUGUCCUUUCAUUUACCUGAACCAUUCCAUGAAGUCUUGAUGAGUAAUAAUCCAUGAAAAGUGCACAUAACCUCGCUGCAGGUUAAACGCCUGAAGACAAAUCCGGUAUCUCUCGGAGCACCAACGUCGUUACACUGAAUGAAUAGUUUGAAGCUGCCUGUAAACUGCGCUUUACAGAGUAUUUAUGUCGAUGAAACUGGACUAAAUAAUGAGGUGACGGUGUUGAUGCACCACACCCAGCGUCAGACGUGGAUGUUUGAGCUACAUUUCAGCUUGUCAGUUGUUUUUGUUUCCUGAUGUCUUGGUGUCAGUGUAAUGUCUUUAAAAAAAAUUGUAUUUAUUUCAUAUUUAUCUAAAAAGACGACGACAGGACAUGCACAGGACUUGUUCCGGUCCAAUGAAGGGUUGUUGCUGAGCCUCUGCUCACACCUGAACUCCUACAUACUCACUUUGAGCACCGCGUAAAAAGAAACGACCGUUAUGAGCGUGCACCUGAAGGAUUAAACGACCCCGGAAGGCAGAUUAAGGCUGAAACAUCUGAUAUCUUCCUGACAACUACUGAUUUGAAACGUUUCAGUAAUUGAUCUGCAGAAUGAUAGAAGCUAAACACUCUAACCUAAAGGCCCUCACACAGCAGCUACAGAUCACUGUGCAGCCUUUGUCAAGUGUCUUUGGCUGUAGUUUCUAUGGCGUCUGUUCCUUUUUAAAAACAUCCGUCCAGCUGGUUGUUCAGCCCCGUGAAUCAGUGAUUUACAACUCUAUACGUCUGCUGUUAACACAAGCAGCAUGCUCAAGCUGACACCGGUACAAGCAAAACAACCUUUUGGCUCCUUUUCCGUCUGGUGAAUUCGGAUUGAACCGCUCACCAGGCCCGGGCUGCAGCUGCUGUUCCUUGAGGUAGUCAUUUUGUCGGCUGAUGCUGCGUUCACACUGUGGUCGACUUGUUAUUGCACCAUGACCAGUCGUGGGCGGGGACGGCACUCACAUCUCGUUUCAGUACCUGCACAGUUUUGUUGAAGCAACGCAGGAUAAACAGUUCUAAGUCGAAGUGAAGUAACAUUUUGCUGUUGAUCCCGCACAGGAAAGCAACAGUUUGAGUCUUUUUUUUUGCCUGUUUUGCACAGAUCUGCUCAUCACAUGAAGAGUUGUGUAGAAAUUGUUUCAUCAUUAACAGCCUUGAAACAGUAACUGUCUUGUCAUUGGUCAUGAAGCUGCUUCCUCUGAUGUUUCGUGAUCGACUUCACUUGUUGUGCCCGUCUUUGUUCACACUCGACUUUCUUAAAUGCCCUUUUUUUUUUGCUUUCUUUUAAAAAAAACAAUGGACCACAGCUUGGAGCGCAGCUCAUGCUCUGAGCUCUAAAAACAGGAAGCGCCUUUCAUUUGUAAAUCAUCUCGUCUGAGAGACGCCGCACCGGCUCGGCAGCGCGCUGCAGACUUUGUGAUCACUCUUCUCGAUGCACUCCCACCCACCCCACCCCCCCACACAUACACUCACUCACCGUGGUGACACACCGCAGGACUGCAAUAAAGCUUUUUGCACGUUCAUGUAAAGCCUUUGAGUUGUGCCUCGCAUUUUCACUUUGUCAUCGCUCACAGGUUGAAACGGGUUGUCAGUUCCCCAUCCUUUUAUUUUUAUUUAUGUUUUUUGUGCUUAAGUAGUGACCAGCUGACAAUACAAGCUGAAGUUUGUGUGUGUGUGUGUGUGUGUGUGUGUGUGUGUGUUUGUUUGUUUCAUGUGUCUAAGUGGCAUUUCCUGAAUGAGAUCUGUUAGUUACUAGUUACUUGUUACAUUAAAGGCUGCCCUUCGUAUCAAUCGACUCCCAGCUCUAUCAACACUACCUGCUCCCCGGCCCUCUGUCACUCUGGCAGCACUGUAUGAUCCAGUGAUCGAAAAACCAAAUUCAAUGAAGCUCACUUUGAAUUAAAAAGUGUAAUAUUCUGUUUGAUUUGCUGGAUAUCUGUCAUUUCUUGGGUUCUGUUUGUUUUUGCAUUGUCUCUUUUUGUUGUUGUUCUUUGUCAAGAGACCCGUGUACUGUAGAGGACUGAUGGACAUCCAUGGAGACAGCAGAGGGUUACCAUGCAGCUGUAUCUCACUUGAAAUGUAUAUAAACAAUGGUUUUAUUAAAAUAAAGAGCUGUACAUAUUCAACCACGA